CAGAGUGAGGCUUCACCCCUUCCAUGUUAUCCGCAUCAACAAGAUGUUGUCCUGUGCUGGGGCUGACAGGCUCCAGACAGGUAUGCGAGGUGCCUUUGGAAAGCCCCAGGGCACUGUGGCCAGGGUUCACAUUGGCCAAGUCAUCAUGUCCAUCCACACCAAACUGCAGAACAAGGAGCAUGUGAUUGAGGCCUUACGCAGAGCCAAGUUCAAGUUCCCUGGCCGCCAGAAGAAGUGGGGCUUUACCAAGUUUAAUGCGGAUGAAUUUGAAGAUAUGGUGGCUGAGAAGCGGCUCAUCCCUGAUGGCUGUGGGGUCAAAUACAUCCCGAAUUGUGGCCCCCUGGACAAGUGGCGGGCCCUGCACUCAUGAGGGCUUCCACGGUGCUGUCCCCUCCUUUGUAACCACCAAUAAAUCCUUUCUGUCC